CACGUCAUUCUAGUAAAGUGCAGAAGCCGGGCUGACGGGGAGUGAUCCCACCGCCGACAUUUUUCUGUCCCGUUCCUCCGUCUGUUUCCACCUCCCGAUGCUCUAAUUGCUCUCCAACACAACCACCUGUCUCGUCGCUGUCUUGUCCUGAAGUUAACUUAAUAUAAAAGCUCGGUGAUGUCGACCUACCAGGAGUUCAUUCAACAGAACGAGGACAGAGACGGGGUGCGAUGCAGCUGGAACCUCUGGCCCUCCAGUCGCCUGGAGGCCACCAGGCUGGUGGUCCCCGUCUCCUGCCUCUUGACGCCUCUCAAAGAGAGGCCCAACCUGCCACCGGUCCAGUACGAGCCGGUCCUGUGCAGCCGGGCCAACUGCAAGGCUGUCCUCAACCCGCUAUGUCAAGUAGACUUCAGAGCCAAGAUAUGGGCAUGCAACUUCUGUUUCCAGAGGAACCCUUUUCCUCCCUCCUACGCAGGCAUAUCGGAGGUGAACCAGCCGGCUGAGCUCAUGCCACAGUUCUCCACCAUCGAGUACAUAGUGCAGCGCGGACCCUCGGCCCCGCUCAUCUUCCUGUACGUCGUGGACACGUGCUUGGAGGAAGAGGACCUGCAGGCCCUGAAGGAGUCCCUGCAGAUGUCCCUGAGCCUGCUGCCGCCCAACGCCCUGGUGGGCCUCAUCACGUUCGGCCGCAUGGUCCAGGUCCACGAGCUGACCUGCGAGGGCAUCGCCAAGAGCUACGUCUUCAGAGGCACCAAGGACCUCUCCUCUAAACAGAUCCAGGAGAUGCUUGGGUUGACGAAGCCGGCAGCUCCGGGCCAGCAAGGUCGUCCCGUGGCUCCUCAGGAGGCCGCUGCCACGUGCAGGUUCCUGCAGCCAGUGCAUCGGGUGGAUAUGAACCUGACCGACUUGCUCGGAGAGCUCCAGAGAGACCCCUGGCCCGUACCUCAGGGCAAGCGGCCGCUGCGCUCCACCGGCGUCGCGCUGUCUGUUGCCGUCGGCCUUCUUGAGGGGGCUUACCCAAACACGGGAGCUCGUGUGAUGCUGUUCAUCGGCGGGCCGCCCACCCAGGGACCCGGCAUGGUGGUGGGAGAUGAGCUGAAAACCCCCAUCCGCUCCUGGCACGACAUCCAGAAAGACAACGCACGGCACCUGAAGAAAGCCACCAAGUACUAUGAGGCUUUGGCGAACCGCUCCGCUGUGAACGGGCACAGCAUCGACAUCUACGCGUGCGCUCUGGACCAGACAGGCCUGCUGGAGAUGAAGUGUUUGUCUAAUCUCACAGGGGGACACAUCGUGAUGGGAGACUCCUUCAACACCUCCCUGUUUAAGCAAACCUUCCAGAGAGUCUUUAGCAAAGACUACAAUGGCGACUUCCGCAUGGCGUUUGGAGGAGUCCUGGAGGUCAAGACAUCAAGAGAGCUGAAGGUCUGCGGAGCCAUUGGACCGUGCGUCUCGCUGCAUUCAAAGGGUCCCUCUGUUUCGGAGAAUGAGAUGGGCAUUGGGGGCACGACCCAGUGGAAACUGUGCAGUUUAGACCCGUCCACCACUUUGGCCGUUUACCUUGAAGUUGUGAAUCAGCACAAUGCGCCGGUCCCACAGGGAGGCCGCGGGGCCAUCCAGUUUGUAACCCAGUACCAGCACUCCAACACACAGAAGAGGAUACGGGUCACCACCAUUGCCAGGAAUUGGGCAGAUGCCCAGUCUCAGAUUCAGCACAUCGAGUCCUCGUUCGACCAAGAAGCGGCCGCCGUGCUCAUGGCACGCCUGGGCGUCUUCAGGGCGGAGUCGGAGGAGGGCCCAGACGUGCUGCGGUGGCUGGACAGGCAGCUCAUCCGCCUGUGUCAGAAGUUUGGCCAGUUCAAUAAAGACGAUCCUACGUCCUUCAGGCUGUCAGAGUCCCUGUCCCUCUACCCACAGUUCAUGUUCCACCUGCGGAGGUCCCCGUUCCUUCAGGUGUUCAACAACAGCCCAGACGAGUCGUCCUACUACAGGCACCAGUUCGUUCGGCAGGAUCUGACCCAGUCCCUGAUCAUGAUCCAGCCCAUCCUCUACUCAUACUCCUUCCACGGACCACCAGAGCCUGUGCUCCUGGACAGCAGCAGCAUCCUGCCGGACCGAAUCCUCCUGAUGGACACCUUCUUCCAGCUGGUUAUCUACCACGGAGAGACUAUUGCUCAGUGGAGGAAGGCAGGCUACCAGGAAAUGCCAGAGUAUGAGAACUUCAAGCAGCUGCUCCAGGCUCCUCUGGACGACGCGCAGGAGAUCUUGCAGACGCGCUUCCCCAUGCCUCGCUACGUCGACACGGAGCACGGAGGCUCACAGGCUCGCUUCCUGCUGUCCAAAGUCAACCCAUCCCAAACCCACAACAACCUCUAUGCAUGGGGACAGGAGUCGGGAGCACCGAUCCUCACCGACGAUGUCAGCCUACAGGUCUUCAUGGACCACUUGAAGAAACUGGCGGUUUCCAGCUCCACAUAGACAUCUGUCUGUCCAUCUAGAAAAACUGAGGAAUACGACCUUCAGCAACCAAGAUCCACAAACAUUUCCUCUCUCUAUAUAUAUAUAUUUUUUUUUUUUUGUUCAAAGAAGCCAACCCUCAAAGUCUGCCCUGUGUCUCUGUCUUAACUCGUUAAGAGGAAGCCACAGAAGGGAUGGCCCACGGUACAUUCCUGGCAAUAAAACGUCUCGAGUCAUUUUCAACAUAUUUAUAAGAAAUUGAUCUUCUUUCUCAAGGAAAUUAGACUCUAUCAAGCGUUUUACAGACUGCGCAUCUGCAUCAUAUCUGUUCUUCCCUUCGACGUGCAGAGUGAUUUGACCUAAUUAGUCCUUUUUAUGUACGUAGUGCAUCAGACUGGGGUAAAGCUGCUGUUAAAACAAUGCCUGUGUAUCUAUGUGUCUGUCUGCUUUGUCUAUAGUUUAACAUGAAAUGUGUAGAAUUUUUUUCAGAAAAAAUAAAUUAUAUCAGAAUAUCCAA